AUGGUCCGUAGAAUCAUCAAAGGAGCUGGACGAAGACAACGAGUUAAGUUUAAUAGAGAAAAGAAUUUCGUCAUUCUGCGCAACAUAAGUAAAAGCAACCUCGAAGAUUUGCUUCAACUCACCAAUGUCAUUGCGGAAAUCGAACAGGACGUCAAGUUAGAACUAAACACUGAAUACUGCAGAGAGUAUACUUUACCAAAUAAUGCCAAUAGAAGAGGUCUAUGGGGGUUGAACACUCUUGAUGGCAAUCUACACAAUUCCAAAUAUCGAAUCUGGGGCGAUGGAGAGGAAAUAGAUGUAUAUGUGGCAGACACAGGCAUCAAUCCAAAUCACAAAGAUUUCACAGGGAGAGUUACCAUUGGAUGGCCAACAUCUACGAGUGUGGAUGACGAUGGUCAUGGCACUCAAGUGGCCAGCAUCAUCGGGGGCAUCAAUUGUGGUGUGGCAAAACGUGCUAACAUCAUUUCCCUGAAGAUUUGUUCAAAUGGUCAAUGCACUAUUUCCAAUAUAUUGAAUGGAUGUCUGUGGGUAAAGCAAACAGUGCAAAGCAAUGGGCGUCUUUCCGUUAUUAACAUCAGUCUUGGGGCGCCGUUCUCCAGUUCUCUGAACGACGCAGUCGAUGAUCUACUCGAAGCGGGAAUCCCCGCAAUUUCUUCAGCUGGUAAUUCCAAUAAAGACGCUUGUGCUCGUUCUCCUGCUAGCACUCCCAAUGCCCUCACUGUCGGAGCCUUUAAUGACGACUUUGCAAAGGCUAGCUUCAGCAACUAUGGUCCUUGCGUAGACCUUUUCGCCCCGGGUAAAAGUAUCAAAGUUGCUGACUUCUCUGGAAACAACAGAUAUACUACUAAGAGUGGCACCUCCAUGGCAGCUCCGUUUGUGACCGGCGCUGUGGCUGCCUUGUUGCAGGUCCUCAGAGACAACGGGACUAUCAGCUCACCCUCUGCCCAGGUCGUCAACUACGCCAAUGAGUACAUCAUACAGUACACAUUGGCUGGACAACUUACGGGUGUCAAUGGAACCAAUUUGGCUUUGUCUACUCCAUGCUUGGAUAAUUGAGUCCUUUCUACUUCAGUGGAAAUA